AUGGCAGUACCUUCUCCUACACCCGCUUCGAGAAAAAGUGGAUUGACCAGAUCACCAGCUGGUAAUUAUCUAUCUUCAGCCAUCAAUAACAACAAUAACAAUGGUAAUUUGACUUCUCCGUUGCGUGAUCAAGGUCAAGGUCAAGGUAAUUAUAUGAUAAGAUCGUCCAGUGCGAUAUCCUCAACGUCAUCCAUCAAUCCAAAUCUAUCUUCAUACUCCUCUUCACCCAAUACAUCCACUCAUCCAGGUCUGGGUCGAAGGAGAUCAACGGACGCUUCGGCCGGUGGAUUAGAUUAUUAUUUCUCUUCUUUAUCCGGUAUAGGUGGAUCAGGUCCAUUAUCAUCCUCCUCAUCUUCAUCUUUGGGUAUCUUCCCUUCAUCCUCUCCUAGCUCUACCAACAUCAACAAUCGUACAACGCUCAAUCCACCUUCAAACAACGGUAUAUCACCUGUGGGCAGCUUCGAGAGGGAUUCGAAGAACGUUGGAUAUCUCCGGAACGAGGAGUUCGUCUCUCCCCCUGGGAUGGGUUUGAGCUUCUCACCUAGUUCAAUGAGCAGUACGGACGAUAGGAUAUCAAGGGGUAUAAGAGAAGCCAAAAGUCUUGGUAAUCUGAAUUUUAGAGCACAAUCACAAACACAAAAACAGACGCAAACGAUGGAUUCACCAAAAGAUGAAAAGACACCUAGGCAACCUUCAUACCCUGAUCCAACACCUAAUCCUCCUCUUCCUACCAAAGCGCUCAACAUGACCUACUCACCUAAUGAUGUGAGUAUGAGUGGAAUUAGGAUGAACGACUUGUCUCCUGGAGGAUGGUCUGAGACUUCGAAAUAUUCUAAUACGGAUGACGGUGCCCAGAGCACUUCGGCUUCUCCUUCUUAUUUGUCUGUACGACCACCAUGGAAGAAAGCUGGUGAAGAUGGUGGAUCAGGACAAGGACAAGGGUCAGGGGACGAAUCGAGUGAAAGUAAUUAUUCGCCUGUGGGUUUCAAGAUUCCAGGCAAGUUUGACUUUGAAGAUGACUCGCCCCAAGAUACAAACGAUAUAUUGGAUAAUCAACAACCACAGCAGCAGAAUGUUUGGGAUAUAAGAUCAAGUAUACAAUCCACAUCGACUUAUCGUCCUAACACUAGUCAUACAGGUAUGGGAGUAGAAGAAGAUACCUCACAUAGGACACCAAUCGCACCGGUAAAUGAUAACAAUAGACCGGAUAUACGCCCACCACCUCAAUUAUCACUUAAUCAAUCGUAUCAUACAUCAUCACCUUCCGCUUCAGUAGUGGGAACACCCAAGAGAUCACCUAAUAGUAGGAGUGCAGGUGGAAGUUCACACCAUACGCCUACUUCGUCCACUACGAGGUUGGGGUUGGGUUUCGAUAUCAAUCAAUUCUCCAAAUCUGCAUCUCCCUCAAGACCAUCCUCGUCGCAUCCCCAUGGAUAUGAUUAUGAUUCGACCGUGCCGCGGAGUGCACCCGCGGACAGAAGCGAGUUUGGGUUGAAUCAAGAAGAAGGACGAGAACUAUUACGGGAAGAUGAGGACGAUGAGGAGUUGUCGAAGAAGGAAAAUAGGAGAAGUACUUUACCAGUCACUACUUCAACGUCAACUUCAAGUGGAGCAAUUGUAGAAUCCAUGUUACCAUCACCUAGUAGGAGUAGGGAGAAUCUGCUGUCACCUGAGAAGUACACGGGUUCAAGGCAGAAUGGUACCUCCACGCCUACUUUGAGUGAACGCAGGGGAUCGACACCUAGUCCGAAUAGAAGUCCGGAACCUCCUCCCAGAAGUGCUUUGAGACAACUGCCCAACGCUACCAAUAUCGAUGUUCUUGGUCAGUCGCCUAAUCCACCUCCACGUCGGACAUCUUCUCCACAAUCCAUCAUCCAGACUCUUCCGCUCAUCACACACACCCCGAAUUCGCCAAUGCCCUCACCCGAUCGACCUACAAAUUCUUCAGUAUCAGUCAACUUAGAUAAACCGCAACCCAAGCGACCGGACAGAUCACCAGAUAGACAACAUUCUCCCGUAUUUCCCUCUUCUGCCACUAUCAACGAUCUGACGGACAUGUUAGGGGGAGCGAUCGAUGCGAUUGGGUUGAUCGAUUCGAGGGAUACUCCACCACCGACUAUUGGUGAACCCGACAAGUUUGACAAGGAUAAAAAGAAGAAUUUGACGUUGAGACUUGAACCUGCUGCUGAAGUGUCUAACGAUAGAGGUCCGAUGACACCUACCUCGCUACCACAGAGGGGAACUUCAUUGCCUGGACAAUCGAUUCCACCGUCAGUACCACAGCAACAAAGUCAAAGUCAACCCAUACAGAGUAAUACCGCUGUAGCCAACGGAAGAAGAUCGACUCAACCUGAACUAAAACAAAAAGCAUCGUCUAUAUUCUCUUUUGCAUCUACAUCAAAAGAGAAUAUCCAUGUACAGUCUCCGACGUUGACGAUAUCGGUUAGGCCAUGGCCUUCCGCGAUGUUAUAUGGGAAUAUCAAGAGUUUGAAACAUUCUGGAGAUCGAGCAAAGGGGUAUGCCAAAGCGAUAAAUGAGUUGAGUAGGAGUGAAUCGGGUCUGAGGGAAUGGUGUAUUGCCAGUGUCAACCAAGUCAAUCGAGCCCCUACCAAAUCAUCUGCUCUCUCUUCCCUAGGUGUCCGAGCCAACUCUGUUCCCUCCGCUAUACCUCUCCCAUACCAACUAUCGCCGUAUGACCCAACCCCGCACCAGCGCAAUGUCUCUGCAGGAUCGGAGUUUCCCAUGAGAGCAGAUUCGUACGCUGCCCGGGAGAUCUCUCAGCGUGUGCUAGAUCCAGAAGAUCAACCUACUUCUUUACCCUCCAAUUUACCUUAUCCCCAACUCCAACAACAGCAACAUUACCUCUCUUCGACGAGUGGAGGUGGACUAAAACCAUCACAGUCCAUGCAGAGUGUAGCGAGCUUCGCGUCGGGUAAAAAAGGAUUUUUCAGUGCUAUAAGUAAGAAAGGAUACAAGAAAGAAUCUUUAUCACUUGGUCCACCAACUGGUCCGAUCAGUAAUAUUAGAGGAGGAGGGUCAUCGGUGAAUAAGAAAGAUAUAAGGGGAUUGCCUAUAUCCGGACCUCGAUCGAAUAGUCCUCAGAAAUUACCAUUGACACCUUCCUCCGAUACUGGACUAACAGCUCCGAGAGUACAAAAUUCAAUUAGUGCGCCUACGGGACCUAGAGGACCUAGAGGAACGUACACACCUCCACCUUCUGGUUCCGGCUCAUCGGGGCUGAUGGAUGCACCGGCAGCUGGAAGGUCAAGUUUGGAUACUGGUUUAGCAAGGAUGAAUUAUGGACAAUCACAAUCAGGAAGGAACAGUUUAGACGGUACUGCUGCUAUAGCUGGAGCUGGGUAUAUACCUCCUCCCAGAUCGAAUCUUGCCGGUGGUAGUAUCGCUGUCAAAGAAGAGGACCUGAGACAGAUGAGUGAUAUUUUACCUCAUGUUGAGAGAAAUGUGUUGAGAGGGUAUCUUGCGAGGUAUGGCGAGAGUAUGACUGCGAUCGGAGCAUAUUUGGAAGAUGACAAGAACGGGACGGUGAUGAGAAUGUGA